UCUUCUCUUCUUUGAAAAAUAAUACCCGACAUUCCAGCUGGCCAGCUCAGCAGCUCUGGAAGGGAAGGGGCAGCUGAAGUUUACCUCAGGGAGAUGGAGCCCACACCACAACUGCACCCAGGUUGCCACAGCAAGUGACACCACCCUUCGAGGCUGGGACACACGGAGCAUGAGCCAGAUAUACUGCAUAGAGAAUGCCCACGGACAGCUGGUGCGCGACCUUGACUUCAAUCCCAAUAAGCAGUACUACUUGGCCAGCUGUGGAGACGACUGCAAGGUGAAGUUCUGGGACACCCGGAAUGUCACCGAGCCCGUGAAGACCCUGGAGGAGCACUCCCACUGGGUGUGGAGUGUCCGCUACAAUCACUCUCAUGACCAGCUGGUCCUCACUGGCAGCAGUGACAGCAGAGUCAUCCUGUCCAACAUGGUGUCCAUCUCCUCGGAGCCCUUCGGUCACCUGGUAGACGACGACGACAUCAGUGACACAGAAGAGCACCGUGCUGAUGAGAAGUAA